AUGAUGACGAUGACUGGCCGUGUGCUGCUGGUGUGUGCCCUCUGCGUGCUGUGGUGCGGUGCCGGCGGUGGUGGAUGUUCUGAAACACCUCAAGUUUCUCAAGACAUUACGCCCGUCAAUGACGAUGAUUCUAAAA